GAGCUAGUCGAGUCGCGCCGGUCGGCGACGACGUAUCGCGUCAUGACUCAAGCGACGAGUUGUUGGACGCGUCCGGUGCCGGGGGUGCUGUUCCCUCGAUCCCUUGACACUCCUGAGACCUAAAAGAGGGGGAUGGCUCUACGCUGCUGGGAUACAGCUCGCAGCCUGGGGUCCCGGAUAUUUGGAAGAUAUGCGUUCACGGUUAGAGCAUUAAGUUCUUUGCCAGAUAAGAAAAAGGAAUUUUUGCAUAAUGGACCAGACCUUCAAGAUUUUGUAUCUGGUGAUCUUGCAGACAAGAGUACAUGGGAUGAAUAUAAAGGAAACUUAAAGCGCCAGAAAGGAGAAAGGCUAAGACUACCUCCAUGGCUAAAGACAAAGAUACCCAUGGGUAAAAACUACAAUAAACUGAAAAAUACAUUGCGGAAUUUAAGUCUCCACACAGUGUGUGAGGAAGCCCGGUGCCCCAACAUUGGAGAGUGUUGGGGAGGUGGGGAAUAUGCCACAGCCACAGCCACGAUCAUGUUGAUGGGGGACACAUGCACAAGAGGUUGCAGAUUUUGUUCCGUUAAGACCGCAAGAAAUCCCCCUCCAUUGGAUGCCAAUGAGCCCGACAAUACGGCCAAAGCAAUUGCAGAGUGGGGUCUGGAUUAUGUUGUCCUGACGUCGGUGGAUCGAGAUGAUGUGGCCGACGGGGGAGCUGAGCACAUCGCCAAGACCGUGUCAUGCUUGAAGGAAAGGAAUCCAAAAAUCCUCGUGGAAUGCCUCACCCCAGACUUCCGAGGUGAUCUGAGAGCAGUGGAGAAGGUGGCUCUGUCUGGAUUAGAUGUGUAUGCACACAAUGUGGAGACUGUCCCCGAGUUACAGAGGAAAGUUCGUGAUCCCCGGGCCAAUUUUGACCAGUCUCUUCGUGUACUGAGACAUGCCAAGGAGGUCCAGCCUGAUGUUGUUUCCAAAACAUCGAUAAUGCUGGGCCUUGGUGAGACAGACGAGCAAGUCUAUGCCACACUGAAAGCUCUCCGUGCGGCCGACGUGGACUGUUUAACUCUAGGGCAGUACAUGCAGCCAACGAAGCGCCACCUUAAGGUUGAAGAAUAUGUUACUCCUGAGAAGUUCAAAUACUGGGAAAAAGUAGGGAAUGAACUUGGAUUUCUCUAUACGGCAAGUGGUCCUUUGGUGCGAUCUUCAUAUAAAGCAGGUGAAUUUUUCCUGAAAAAUCUAGUGGCUAGAAGAAAAACAAAAGCUUCUAAAGUGUAGCCAAGCCCUUCAAGAUCACAGGAGUGUUGCGAUUUUGCUUCCAGUUGGUGUGAGGAUGGUGUCACCCUGUCAGGAUUCCUGUGAGUGCAAGGCAGCACCGUUCUGAAGGGUCUGAUGGCUGAUCGAAGCGGAAUGGUGUAUACCUGUAAUUCCACCCAGGAAAAAAAAAAGGAAAAGAAAAAGAGAAAAGAAGAAAGAAAAGAAGCCUAUAACCCUGUAAACGACACACAUUUAGUGAUAAUUCAUGGACUUCUUGCUGGCCUUUGUCCUCAUCCUUGUCAGUGAUGACUUGAUCACAGAACAGCUUGGAACGGCUUGCUGUUGCCAUUGUAAUUCAAGUCUAUGAACAUUUAGAAGAUCUUAUAAAUUACAGUAACCCAUGUGAAAUUUCUUUUCUUAAAAAGAUUUAUUUUUAUUUGCGUGUGUGUAUGUGUGUGUGUGUGUGUGUGUUAGUGUGUUAGAGGAACACAUGCGCACACACACAUAUGGACUCCGUGACACAUAAUAAUCUUUGUAAGUCAGCCCCAGUGUGGAGUUGGGAAGGCUCACGAGCUCCCAAUAAUGUCAGUAGCUGAGGAGGGGAGGCGGUCUUCUUUAAGGGUGUGGCCUUUGUGUGACCCAUGCUCUAGAGCAGUGGCUCUCAGCCUUUCUCACGCUGAGGCCCUUUAAUACGGUUCCUAAAGUAUGGUGACCCCAGCCAUCAAAUUAGCUUUGUUGCUACUUCAUUACCGUGAUUUUGCUACUGUUCAUGAGUUGUAAGUGUGUGAUACCCAGGGUAUUGUGACCCUUACCCUCCCGCUAGGGUCGAGCCUUUGUGGUCCUUAUGGACACUUCCUCUUGUAGUCAUUACAUACCCAUGCACUCUGCUGUCCACAAAUGUCGUAAAGCCUCUGGGCCACUGCUGGCUCCUUCCUACUCUUGUUUUAUUGAAUUACACAGCCCCUACUGGUACCUCUUGCUACUCUUAAUUAUAGUGGGUUCCUUACAAAAAGAACAUACCUGUGUGCACAGGAUAAGACAUGAUGGUACACACUUUGAACCUCAGCAGUUGUGUGGAAGAUUGCAGUGAGUUGAAGGCCAGCCUGGGUCAAAGCCCUUUAUUAUCUGUCCUUCCAAACUGGAUGUGGACUUUUUGUUGUUUGUUGAGACAGGGUCUCAUGCAGCCCAGGCUACUCAGACUGGCUGUGUGGUAGAGGAUGACCCCUGAUGUCCUGGCUCUGUCCCUAAGUGCUGUGAUCACAGGCCUGCAACACUAGCUGGCAAGGAGUACACUCUCACACCAGUACUUGGAGGCAAUGGAGAAGAUCACAGUAUUCCAGGCCAGUCUAGACUGUGCAGCAAAGUCACCCAAAGUCACCUUCCUUACCUGCCUCAAGCAAUCUUCUGUUCCUCAUGUUCCUCCUGAACUCCAGACCAAACCCAGCCUUUAUUUUCCUGUCUGUUGUGUGGGCUAUGAGACAGGGUCUCACAGUGUAGCAAAGGUUAUCACAGAACUCAGUUCUGUAGUCAGGGCUGUCCUGGAACUCCUGGCAUCUGCCUGCUCUGCCUCACAUUACAGGGAGAAAGCCACUCCACUCUGCCUCCUGCCUCUUUUUGUUGUUGCUAAAUUUUAAAAUAAGAUCUACUUUUU